UCGAACGUUUUUUUUUUCAUUCUUUUUAUUGAGUUUGGUGUUGCUUACUUGAUGCGCUAGAAUUAGUUUCCGAGGAGAAAUGGACGUUGUGUAGAGUGAUGAGUGAAUCCAGUUUUGAAUUGAUGCGAGCGUUUUCAGUGGUGAAAAGUGGUUGAAGAUUUCGUAAUUUCUGAUGCUCACAUUCACAUUGAGAAGGCUAAUUAAGCAUUUGCCUUAAUCGUUUCUUCCUUUUUGAUGGGAAAAGUGGAUUGUGUAUGUUUCUCUUCUUCUUUUUGUGGGUCGGGGUGUGCAAAACUUGUAAUUCAUCUUUCAUAAAAGAAACACGUCAUGAGCUACGAUAGUAACAGAACACAGUCACUAUUAUGCAUGGAGAGUUCUGAAAAAAUGGUGUUACUUAUUUUGUUUCUUUAACCCGUAAUCUUCAAUUUUCAUGAGAGUUGAAGGCUAAGAAAGACGAGUCUGCAAAAAGCUAGUUCUCCUUCUGUAUCUCAAGACAUGAAGUUCAAUUCUUUGAAGGCAAUAGCCAACGAGUUCAUCAGUGUCCUGUGUUGUACAAAUGGUGCACAAGCUGUGGGAAUGGGAAAGGAAUCUCAAAGCGUUCCUGUCGCAGCUGACUUGUUCAAGCGAGCAAAUGAUAUUUUAGGGUUUGAUCUUCUCGAUGUCUGCACUAAUGGGCCAAAGGAGAAACUAGAUUCAACUGUUAUAAGUCAGCCAGCUAUCUACGUCACUAGUCUAGCUGCAGUUGAGCUACUUCGUGCACGUGAUGGAGGCCAACAAAUAAUUGAUUCUGUCGAUGUCACUUGUGGUCUAAGCCUGGGAGAGUAUACCGCAUUAGCAUUUGCAGGGGCUUUCAGCUUUGAGGAUGGACUCAGGCUCGUCAAACUAAGGGGGGAGGCAAUGCAGGCAGCUGCUGAUGGUGCAAAAAGUGCUAUGGUCAGUAUCAUAGGGUUAGACUCAGAGAAGGUUCAACAGCUGUGUGAUGCAGCUAAUCAAGAAGUCGAUGAAGCCGAUAAAGUUCAGAUAGCAAAUUUUCUAUGUCCUGGCAAUUAUGCUGUAUCAGGAGGUCUUAAAGGAGUAGAAGUAGUAGAAUCCAAAGCAAAGUCAUUCAAAGCUCGAAUGACGGUACGCCUAGCUGUGGCCGGUGCAUUCCACACUAGCUUCAUGGAACCUGCUGUUUCAAGAUUAGAAGCUGCACUUGCAGCAACAGAGAUCAGAACUCCCAGAAUACCAGUCAUCUCCAAUGUCAACGCACAGCCACAUGCAGAUCCCGACACAAUUAGGAAAAUUUUGGCACGCCAGGUGACUUCUCCUGUUCUGUGGGAAACAACAGUAAAAACUCUACUCAACAAGGGGCUGAAGAAGAGUUAUGAAUUGGGCCCUGGAAAGGUUAUAGCUGGGAUUUUCAAAAGAGUGGACAAAAGUGCAGAUAUUGAGAAUGUUGCAGCUUAAUGAAGUCUAGAUUGAAGCAAACAACUCACUCAUGGCUGCAGAGUUCUUUCUGUAUCUGCUUUGCCCAUCUCCCCAUCAGUGCCAACAGCAUUAAACGGAGAUUGGUUCUAUGCUCCUUCUUAUGUGUCCAGAUGUUACAAUGAGUUCUAGAGCUUCAAGUUUCUAAAGCAAGUGCACGAGAAUCUUUAUGUAUGUUACUCCGACAGUUCACCGUAUGCAAAAUGAGUUGAAANUU